CCUCAUCAACAAACAAAUUCCAAAAAAAAAUCAUAUACCGAAACAACAACCUUUUCGGGAUUAUGGAAUACGCCUCGAUGAAGUUGGUUUUCUUGGUCGCGCUCUUGAUUUUCACCGCUGGUGGUGUUACGAAAAUUGGAGCAGAAGAAGAAGGUAACAACAACGGCGUCGUCGGCGUCGGGGCGGAAUUGAAGAAAGUGAUUCCAUGCGACAGAUUCAAGGCGUGUAGUUGCACGGGCAAACUUUGCGUUUGCACGCUGCGCAAAAAAGCUCAGCUGUCUACCCAAUCAGGCGGCGGCGCAGAAGGUGAAAACGGCGUCGUGGGGGCGCCGGCGGCUGCGUACCAGGUUAGAUGCGGGCAACUGAAGACGUGCAGUUGUAUUUUCCGACUUUGCUUCUGCACGGUGCGUGGCUAGCCGGCGAUCAGCGCCUAAUCUGGAAAUUGCAGCUUAAUUAGUUUGAUGAUGAGAAAAUUCCGUUGUUUAGUUGGCUAUAGCUAGCAUUACAGAGAUUAAUAAAAGAGAUUACGUAUAAGAAGUUCACAGCUUGUUAUUAGAGUUAUAAAUACAGAGCGUGAGGAAAACUUAACUAUCAUCCAUAUAUUGCACCAAAGAAUGAACAAAAAAAUUAUUUUCAAACUCAAGGAAAAUGACUUUUCAAAAAAAAUCGCCUGAAAUCUGUGAUGGUAUCCCUUUGCAGUCUGCCAAAAAUGGACUCAGGAAAAAACAUUCAAAAUUAGUGUUUAAUCGACUUAAUCAUCGUCGAAAAUUAGGCUCAGACCGAAUCAAUGAUAUGUGGCCUUCAAAAUCCAAGCAAAAUGGUAUUACGAAAAAAUCUCAUGAAAUUUGUGAUAUAAUACCUCUUUAAAAUCUGUCAUAAAAUAGUUAAUAGGCUUUUGGACAAUUGGCUAUUGGUAUUGGUCGAGAGUACCACGUCAUCAAUCCCACGUGGUACUCCCGGUAUUUAUAGGCAAUAAUUUCUCUAAAAUAUGAGUUUGAAAGUCGUUGAUGCUCCUUCAUUUCCAUCAUAUUAAUAAUAUUAAUUUGUAGAAGUUAUUAGGACACCAUGUUUCAUAAUAAUCCAUUUUUUACCUCUAUAAAAUAAGGAUUUUUUUAUGGAGACCUACUAAUCUUAUUAAUGAGCUAGCAAAGUUAAUUCCUAUAAUAAAAAAAAAAGCUAGCAAAGUUAAUUACAUGGUCCUGUUGCAACUGAUCAAUAAGAAAAAUUAAAGGCCCGUCAACCCAAACUUCACUCGAAUCCCAAUCUGUAUUACCUCUAUAAAAUAAAGAUGUUAUG